ACUACCACGUCAAAAGCAAAAGCGUAAUCAAAAAAUUCCAAACAGAGUUUUGUUUACUAUUAGAAGACAUUCGUUAAGCAUACGCGGAUCCACUGUGAUAAUUUAAUUUGCGUUCGUGUUCGCACCGGCAUUUCACCCCAUUUUCGGAAUAGUUUGUUUAGUUAUUCUCCCAAUAUUAAGAUGACAAAACUAAUGGAAUGGCUAGUGGGUGCCCUUACGUACUCCGUGGUAUAUUUUGCCAUUGUCGCCCGCCAAGUACAGCACGAGCUGCUGGAUGAAUACAUGUACGAGAUUAUGCUCUCACCUCUGGUGCUGGUGGUGCUCUUUGGGCUUUACUCAGCAUCAGUUGUCCUGUAUCGAACGUUUACCUUCAACAAUUGCGAGGCUGCCGCCAAAGAGCUGCUCGACCAGAUCAAGGAAGCUAAGACGGAUCUACGGAGUAAGGGAAUGGUGUUUGCUGAUUAAUAUGUUAUUUUAGUUAAUAGAUUUUAGAUAAAGUUAUCGUCUCAGGUACAACUGAAAAGAUGGAAGUAGCUUUAGGGGCCAUCCACAUACCACGUGGACAGCUUGUGGGGGGGGGGGGUCAAAAUCGUUUAAAAUCUGUUCACGUGGUAUGUGGAUGGCCCCUUAGGUUUUAUUCACUUAAUAAAUUACAGACGCAAGAUAAAAACUCAGUAGGUUAUAAAAUUUUCAUAAUAAAAUUACAAACGAUACACAUAAAUAUGAUAUUUGAAAUUAAAAAAUAACUUGUUCCAAGCAAUGACAUGUGAUCAUGAGAAUUUAAUAAGAGUUGGCAGAUGCGUAUAAUUUUAACUGUUCAUUAUUUUUUUUUUCUAUAAAUUGCAAUCUGCUAAGUUCAUGUUUUAUAGCAUUUACUCAUCCAGCAACACCUACAUUUUCCUGUACUCAUAAUAGCGAACUUAUAAAUAUGUUUAAUCACCACAUUUUUUCUAUUCAUCACGCAUGGUUAGUAUUCAAAUGUCAAAAUUUCCGAAUCUAUAACCUUUAAAUUUUGUUCACAACACCAUAAUAAAUUGGUUUUUAUUCUUAACAAUAUAUUAUUUUCAAACCAUCUGCAGUGAUUUUUAGCUUCUGAUUGUGAGAAACGUGAUGGGUUAUUAACCCUGGAAAGAUAGUCUGCGUCAAUUUGACUCCUCGUUUUUAGCAAUGUUGCGCUCUUUUCGCCUAUUAGACCGUCAUUUUUUUUUUUGUUUUUU